AACAAAACAAACAAAACAUGAUGUUUUGUUAAACACUAAUUCAAUGUAAUAGUACAAACAUUAAUGAAACUUUAUAAAAAAAGAAAAGAAAAUCAAGGUGCUCAUAUCCAUCGUUAAAAAUAAUAACUUUUUUAUCCUAUUUUGCUCCAUAUUCCACCCUCCACAACUGCAUCCAGAUUUGGAGAUGGAUAGUAAUGGUUCAGCAUCUAUUUCAAAGCCUCUGAACCAAUCCCAACUGAGCUCAGUGUCCAAAAAACACGGCAAGCUUAUUACUUUCUUGCGUACAUUCAUGAAGUCUCGACCAACCAAGCAGAAACUGAAACAGCGUGGGAUCUUAAAGGAGAGGGUAUUUGGCUGUGAUCUUGGAGAACAUCUUCUGAACUCUGGCCACGAUGGUAAGGAAAGAAGCGAACAAUGCUUGUUAUGCACACUUCGUUUAUACAAACCAGCACAGAAACCACUUCGGAAAGAAACGCAAACCGUGUUGUUUUCUGAUUUAAUAUAUUCUCCCCCCCCUCCCUUUUUGUUUUUCCCUCCCUUCAGGCAUGAGUUUGACUCCGAACAAAUCCCCGACUUGACAAAAGAUGUCUAUAUUCAGGAUAUACACUGCGUGGGUUCACUCUGCAAACUUUAUUUUCGAGAACUCCCCAAUCCUCUGCUCACCUAUCAGCUCUAUGAGAAAUUUUCGGAUGCUGUAUCUGCUGCUACCGACGAAGAAAGACUGGUGAAAAUCCACGAUGUCAUCCAGCAGUUGCCACCACCACACUACAGGACCCUGGAGUUCCUUAUGAGGCAUUUAUCACACCUAGCUGAAUAUUGUGCCAUCACAAACAUGCAUACCAAGAACUUAGCUAUUGUCUGGGCACCAAACCUACUAAGAAAGAGGCCUCCCAGUAAGAUGAAAAAAUCCCCCGUUGGCAGCUGGCGCUCCUUCUUUAACCUGGGAAAAUCAUCCUCUCUUUCCAAACGGAAACUGCAGCGCAACCCAAGCGAGCCAUCCGAAAUGAAGGCGAUCGCUCUGGCAGCCCAGUUGCCAUUAAGAGUAGUGUCUGCUUGUUUGACGCAACUUCUUGACUUGUUAAUUAACUGUCUUCAAAAUGUAAAAAAAAGUGCUAAAUAUGGUGGAGUUUCUCCUGAAUCUCUUCUUUCACAGGCUCUCCUAAUUCACACCGUUCUCCCUCUUGCUUUGCCUUCUGUUUCUGUGGCAGGUCACAGUUCCUUGUCACGCCCUAAAUCUUUGCUGGUGUCGUCUCCCUCCACAAAGCUGCUUACCUUAGAGGAGGCCCAGGCAAGGACUCAGGCACAGAUCAAUUCUCCAGCCCUGACAGACAGCAAGUACAUCGAAGUAGGAGAAGGACCCGCUGCUUUGCAGGGGAAGUUCCAUACCAUCAUAGACUUCCCCUCUGAAAGAUCAAAACAGAUAGAAUCUGCUUGCUUCAGUGGAACAGCAGCUUUUAUGGAAGUACGAAUCCAAUCAGUGGUGGUGGAAUUCAUUCUCAAUCACGUAGAUGUCCUUUUCAGUUCUAAACUCAGCUCUGUCAUUCGAGAGAGUGCAGUUUUGCCAGGUGAGUCUAAACUCUUUCGACCCCGAAGGCCAAGAUCGAGCAGUGAUGCUUUGUCCGUUUCUUUUAACGGGGAAUUGUUGGGAAACAUGAAUCGCUGCAAUUCUUACGACAAUCUUCCCCAGGACCAAGAAAGCGACGGCGACGAGGGACACCUGCAGGUCCCUGCCCUCAUUUCUCCCAGGUCGGCAGAGGACGUCGACCUGAGCCCGCCGGAGAUUGGGGUGGCUAGCUUGGAUUUCGACCCAAUGUCUUUUCAGUGCAGCCCCCCCAAAGCAGAAUCCGAGUGUCUCGACAGCAGCACCUCCCUGCUGGAGUCAGUGGACUACAACAAGGAUAAGCCAAGCCUCUUCAAGAAAGAGCUGGACUCGGGCAGCCAAUCUCACACGCCCUGCAGCGCCACCAGCUCGGAACCAGUUUCUCCUUACCAAGAAAAAAACCCAAGUCCCUUCUUCACCCUGGAUUUGAGGCCCUCUGAAGAGAGACCCUCAAAACACUUGUCUUUCUCCGAGAAGCUCACCUGUGCCUAUUCCCCCAAGUCGGGCCAAAAGCCAGUCAAGUCUCCACCUCUCGCGGGAUCGGAGCCCGUUCCUUAUUCUGCCCCCAGCCGAAUGCCAGACGUGGUCACUGGAGGAGCGUCAGAAAGCAUUGGCCCUUUGGAUUGGGCUAAAAAAACCGGCGACGGCAACGAAGCAUCAAGCAUGUCCCUCUCCCAGCUCAUGGUGUCACCUCUGAGAAGCAAUGAGAGUAGGCACGGUGAAGAGCACCAGCAGGAACUCCAGAACGCGGGAGAUACCAAGAAAGCAGAGCUUCAAGAAGAGGUGGAUCCCCUUACGCUCAGCAGCGGCCAGAGUAAGCCUGUACCUUCUGGACUGACACAGCCAGGAGCCGUUGCCCUUGCCACCCCCCAGGAUUCUGCUCCAGUCAAUUCUGUUUCUGUUGUCCCUCCUCCACCUCCGAAAAAUGCCGCCCGCAUCCUGGCUCUUGCUCUGGCCGAAUCUGCCCAACAAGCUUCUGUUCAGUCUCAGAAGAAACCCGAUAUUUAUUCAGACUGUAACAACUGCGGGAAAAGUGAGAGCGCGGGAAGUCUAGAAAAAUUCCACCCGUAUCCCGGCUCUGCUUCGGAACGGCUCCAGUUCUAUGCUCCUCUGCCAGAGAACCCGCUCAGUUUUCAGGUAGUUGGGGACCUUCAAAGAAGCGGGCUGCCCUCAGUUCAGGGCCCCCAAAUCAGUGGCGUGUCCGAAGGCGACAACCAUCUCCACGUUGUCACAUCUGAACAUCGGGACCACGCCACUUUCUCUAACAACAUGGCAGGGGACCUUCACGGUGGUACUAACAUGGUCUGGGACCACUCCCACUUCUAUCCAUGUACAGUGGGGGAGACUCACCUUCUCACUCAGUCUUUUGCCUCGGAAGAUCAGAGUCAUCUUCAUUCCUGUCCUGGACGAGCUGUUCAGGCCGAGCCACCUACAGCGGAGAUACCCCCGGAAAGUCCUCCUCUCCAUGCUGGGGUCCCUUUGGAUAAGAACCCAAUCCAGGCCACCAAGAUUCAUCUUCCCCUCUGUAAAGUGGAGGACAGACUCCUUCCCUUCCCUCCGGUCCCUCCUGGGGAGAAAAAUGUCCCUGAUGACUUGGCCUGCGUAAUAAAGAACUACCCGGCAGCUGCCAAACCUAAUCCUGGCAUGUCCAGACAGAACAUCCCCCCUCAGCCUUCUACAGUCACCAGCAACAUUUCAUGGGGGGAAGCAGCUCUUCCUGCAGGAAGCCACCAAGUUCUACCCGUGAGACCAGGGGACCAGCCAGCUGUGGGACAGACUCCUCCUAAGAAACCUUCCGGCGGCUUCAGUCAGGUACAAGGAGAGGCAACUCCAGACAAAUUGCUGGAGCCUAGAACAGCUGAGUCAGCUCCCGUCGUGGGGGCUGAGGCCAGUGCUACAAUCCAGUGCACUUCAGCCACCCCAGUGGCUCUGUUUCAUCAGGGACAUUUGGAGAAACCCCGAGAAAACACCAGGGCUCCACCUUUACAGAUGAGGUCCGAAUCUGUCCCAGCUCAAUCGUCGUACGCUUUCAUGCCUCCAGUGCCGCCUGUGAGGACAAUGGAGAGCAAACUUGCAGCCGCCAUGCAUUCCAACAGCACCGAUACGAUAAACCCUGCCCAUUUCCAUGCUUUUAUGGCUUCUUCCUCAUUGCCACUGUCAGCAGAGGAUGUGUUGGCAACCUCUACCCUGUCUAAGCAAACAUCCCUUCCAUCAGCCUAUUUCCUUCCCUCCAAGUCAGAAAGCACGCCGGAGGCUCCAGCGCAUCCCAAACCCUCAUCGGCUCAUCAGUAUAGGGCUGAAAAUAGCCAGCCCCACCUUUUUCACAGCAAGUCUGAGCAGCAUCCGGGCUACCCUUCUCUUUCGGAGGCCCCGCCUUCCUUGGGGUCCCGAUAUAACGCGUACGCCAGUCAAGGAAAGAGCCCGUAUGUUCAUUAUGCCAAGCCUCGCAGUCGGAUCGAAUAUCUGUCUUCCCUAAGCCCAACGAUGAGCAGCAGUUGCGCGGAGGAAGCCCCACCCUACCCCACCAUCCGGAGGGUGCAUUCUCUGCAUGUGUCCACCCCCUCCGCCAUCAGAUCAGUUCCCAUCUCCCGCACUGAGGUGCCUCCUGAUGACGAUCCCCUUUAUUGCCCUAGACCCCUCCUCCAGUACAAGCCAUAUCAGCCCCACGGAGAUUAUCACGUCACUCAGCUGCAACCUUAUUUUGAGAACGGCCGGGUUCAUUACCGAUACAGCCCGUACUCAAGUUCCUCCAGCGUUUCUUGUUACACUGCAGGCGAGGGUGGAUUUUACGACUUGGAUCCUUACGGUACAGUGCGUUUGAGGCAGUUCCAUCCUCUCCCAGGCAAAGAUUUUCCAUCCUACUCCAAGUUACCGACCAAGAACCUCUAUCGCUGUCCCGGUUUACCAUCCUACCCUCGGGGAGGUCUUCCUGGGCAUCUAGCUGGCAAAGAGCAUAGUUUCAUUAGCAGGGACGUGCCGCCUGCCCCUGAUGUCAAACCCAUGUACGUCUCCUGGGACUUGGAAGAUAUGGAGAAAUACUGCAUGCAGUCCAUCCGCCGAGAGAGCCGUGCCCGUCAGAAAGUCAAGGGACCAGUCAUGUCCCAGUAUGACAACGUAGCCCCUUUGUUGCAAGAGGAGGCACGUGCCACAGACAUUGUUCACUUGCGCAGCAAAUCUGAUCCUGGGAAAACUGGACUCCUCACUGUUGCUGACGGGAAAGAAGGGAGAUACCUAAGCAAGGGAGGGGCACCUGAGGGAGAGGAACACUACUACGGACCCCAGCCAGAACCGGACGUCGACAGAGCCCAUUACCGCGGAGGUUAUGGGAACGGACAGUCAGAGAAACCUCUGCUCCCUCAGAAACAAAGCAGCCUCAGGAGCAGGAAACCGCCCGAGGCUGGUUGUAAUUCCAUUGAGCACAGAAUGCACCUUGCACACGAAGCAGCCCACAGGCAGCCGCCAGAUGCUAAAAAUGCCCCUUCCUACGCUGAUUACCGACCAAAGGGCCACCCGUCAGAACCCACGGAAACCCUGAUAUAUCAGCACUCGGGUGGGAAAUACAUCCCGGCCAAUCACGACGUGUUGAGACUGAACCAUAAAGAGGCGAAGCUGGCCGAGGACGGAGAGCGGGCUCGGUCACGACACCCGGCUGCUCCAGCUGAAAAGCACUCCAGAGACUGCUAUAAAGAGAGUGAGCACUACGGGCAGCCUCCGGGCCCACCACCGAAGCCGGAACGGAGCCACAGCCUCCGGUUCCAGCACUCUGAGAGCACACAGCGGGAUGCCAGUCUCCUAUACCCAUACCAAACCCUUGGCAAACGCCAAAGUACGACUGUGGUAUCCCAGUAUGAUAAUUUGGAUGAUUACCGUACCAUGCCUCAGCACCAAAGAGGGGGAUACUCUGGAGGAGGAGGGGGAGUGGCACCUUCUUUUCCUCAUCCACAUAGUAGGACUUAUGCCACAGCUUUGGGCCAAGGGGCGUUCCUACCGUCUGACCUUUGCCUUCAGCGGCCAGAGACGGAAGUCCAUGCAGAGUGAGCUCGGGGAGGGGGCGAAGGGAUAGAGUGUUAGCAGCCUCUGCUGGACAGUGGACUGGUUUAUUUUUUCAAUGAUGCACAAACAUGCACACGAACACACAAAAGCAACUCCUUCCAUUAGCCCCGUUGCGUUUCUGCUCCGUCCGGUCCUCAUGCCGCUUAUAGGGACAUUUAAAAACAAAACAACAACACUAAAGGCAUAGUUUUAUCCCGUCGUUUAAAAUGUAGCUUGCAGCAGCCACACACGGGCUUAUUUUUUGUUGUUAAAACUUGAAGCCGCAACCGUUCUCCAGGAAGAGCAGCAUUAAGGAUGAAGAGAGAGAUGGGUCGCACUGUGAAUGAUGCUCAGUUUCCAUAGAUUUCAACUCACGGCGUUUCCCUUUUAGCGGUCCCCGUCCUUUAAAGCCACACGCAUGAUGUACGUACCGAUAGGCUAACCCAGACGUUUCUUCUCCAGGCAAAAAGUCCCUUGUUACGUGAUCGUUUAGAGGAAGUUUUUUAUGGAAUGCCAAGCUUUAGUAAAUAUUUUAACUUGGUCCUUUCAGGUUUUAUGCCUCAAAUUCCAGGAGAGGUGGGGGGGGGGAUGAUUUUUGCAUUGUGUGCUAUUCUCCCUUUAAUUAUACUACCACAUCUUAUCACUUUUUUGCACCCUCAAUUUUGCUUUCCCUAUUUGUCAAGGUGCAAGCCAGCCACCUGUUGGGCGCCUGGUAUCAGUAAGAAGGUAGUGAGGUCUCAGGCAUGUUACCUGGUUUUAUUCCCCCCAUGAAGAAAUCUGUAAUAAACUGCUUCAUAUAUUUGGAGAAGUGAGGGGUGAGUGAGGGAGGGAGGGUACUGUUCAUACGUUAUAAAUGGAGCUAUGCUUUGCCAGACCUACAGGCGGUGCCUGUAUUAUCUCAUAAAGGGAAUCAUCCUGAACAUCUUUUGCGUAUUUUGCAAAAGCUUCUGAAAAACAGAAUAUCCAGAAUAUUUUUCUCCUGCGUGAGAGCCAUUGAAAAGCGUGAUGCUUGGUUCCCCCCCCCCCCCCCCAGAAGUCACGGAUACAAGAGAAUGGUGAUGCAUUUCAUCGUUUUAGCAGUGGGAAUUUAUUUCAACGUUGUUAUUAAGUAGCCUUGUGCCUAGCCUAACCCAACAGUGGUCUAGACCAGGGGUCUCCAACCGUGGCAACUUGUGGACUUCAACUCCCAGAAUUCCUCAGCCAGCUAAAGCCCACAAGUCUUAAAGUUGCCACAGUUGGAGACCCCUGGUCUAGAAAACAAUUCCAUAUUUCUUUCCGAUUGCUCAGUUGGUGCUGCUGAUCCUGAUAAGCUCUACAUUAUGAAGUGGGGAAGGUACUGCAGAUGUAGGGAAUAUCCCAGUUGGUUUGAUGGGAGGGAUAGUAAAACACGUCCACAGUGCACAGGAACCUAUUGUGUAGUGUUUAUAGGUAGCAGAAAAUGGUGGUCUGGCAAAAAGUGGGCUGGGGGGGGGCGGGGAGGCUCACAAGUCCCAUGUUGCCCCACACUGUGUGCAGUAGAUGCCCUGCGGGUAUACAACUCUCACACUUUUUAUAUUUUUAUCUUAAGAUGCCUGUUGAAAGGGGAGACUGUAUGGAAUUGCUUUUCUGGAAAAAAGUUAUAAAUAUGCACAGCUCUUCUUCCUAGUGUCCUUGUCAGAAUUGGAGUGCGGAGGGACUUUUAGUUUUCAUGCCUGCCUUAGGAUAGCUCAAAUAACAUGUCAGCCCUCGGCUACAAAACUUUUCUAAGGUGGCCAGAGUUUAUCCCAGGAAUAAAGUGCUUUCUUCUUUGAGGUCACCACGACAACGUAAAGCUAGAAUGAGGGCCGUGAAUGAAGCAUCCGUGUCAUUUCUCUUGUGCACUUGGCCCUUGUUACAGCAUGAUGGGCAUUAAUUCAGAAUACUACCUAUGCCAGGUUUCCCUGGAGCAACAUCGGGCAUCUCACAAGGGUAACAGAAGCUUCUCAAAACCAGCAAAAUACCAGCUAUUCCGAUUGUCUCCCCUGCAGCUACAGUCCGAUUACGUCCUUUUGGUUCUUCGAUGCCUAUUUCUUUUGAAGUUCCGAUUGUCUUAAAUGUACAGAUUUAGGGGUCAGAAAAUUCACUGUGAUUUAAACUUGCAUCUGUUUUUCUUUCUUUUUUAAAAACCCUUAUGUGUGUUUUGUUCGCUUAUGCUGCAUAAGUGAGAAACAGAGAAAGGGGCAUUCCAAUAAACCAAUACAGAGGUCUUCAAACUUGGCAACUUUAAGACUUGUGGACUUCAACUUCCAGAAAUCUGGGAGUCGAAGUCCACAGGUCUUAAAAGUUGCCAUGUUUGGGGACCCCUGCACUAAUGUCUGGAGCAAACAGAUUUUGUUUUUGCUAGGGUCUUUCCUUGCCCCUUCUAGCAAGCCCAGUGGUAAACCCACAAAUGGCGCAGAGCCAUUUUGACUUCCAGCCUCUUGAUGUUCUGUUGGUGGAUGCUGAUUUACAUCGUUCAGUUUACCUCUAGGAUUAGGGCAAGGAUAUAUUGUUGUCCUUAGGAUACUUAAGGUUCAGGUUGCAAUACCUACAGUUCAAGCUUGCAUCUUCACAAAAAAAGUCCUCCAUUUUCCUUGUAUUCUCUACUUACAUCAGUCUUAGGCUACCUGCUGCCCAAAACCAACCUGAUUUCUUUUCACAUCUGUAACUCUUGUUUUUCUCCCUCCUUUACCUGAGCCAAUGAUAAUAUGAUAUCUCUUUUUUUUGUUGGGGGGGGGGCGAGGGGGAAGAAGAGCCCACUCUGCUUGAUUUUUUAAAUACCAUUUUCAUGUGUUGCCAUAAAUACCUGAGCUGAAUCCUUGGGGGGCCCCUUACUCUGUCCACCACUUAAAGCAUUUAACCAAAAACAAUUUCAACCUGGAAUUGAACAUCCAGGCACUGAAUAUUGGCACCUGUGGCAUAGGGGCUUCUGCGUGAUUGGGAAAGUGAUGUACAAGGUUUUAGCUCAAAACCAAGACUUCAGUGGCAGCAAUUAAAUUCAGCAACGUUUCCUGAGCUUGAAAGAGCUGCGACAACCCCUCCAUUCCUCCUAUAUUUCUAUCACUAUUUUUUUUAAAAAAAGCCCCCUUCCCACCCCCAUGAAAGCCAUAGAAAUUAACUAUGCAGGCCUGUUCACGUACCCUGGUUAAUUUUGGAAACCCUGAACUUUAAAAGGAGACAUCUCCCUCUUCUUUAAAUCUAGACUCCACUCCCACAGUGUAGGAAGAGUAAGCGUUGUUCAUCUUUUUCCUGUAAGCACGGGUUGUGGUGGCUAAAAAUGCAUGCUCAUCAGAUCCGCCAUAAUAGUUCUAAUUUAGCUCUGUAGCAACUGGCCUUCAGGUCCCAAACAAGAGCCGAGGUGGCGCAGCGGUUAAAUGCAGCACUGCAGGCUACUUCAGCUGACUCCAGUUCU